GCGGGUGGUUGCCAUGGCAGCGUGGAACUUUCAGUCGCAGCUGUUUUAGCCACUUUAGCUAAAGAAAUAAAAUCAGCGCUCGUGCCACUGAGGGGGGAGAAAAAAGCGCGAAAAAAUGAAGAGUGUUUUAAACGAAGACGGUGUUUUACCUCAGAGGAACAUGGCGCUGGACGACCCGCGGCUGGAGUGGAUCAGAGACCGAGUUUAUGCGGCGUUUUACCUGCCCGAGCCCAACUGUUUCGAGGAGCUGCUGAGCCGCGGAGAUGGAGAAGAGGAGCGGAAAAUCAUCCAGUUUUUAAACCAGGUCACUGAGGAGGAAUUCACCUCAGCGCUGCUGUUCUUUAAGACUAUACGGGAGGAAGAAGUGGAAGUGAUGAUUCCUAUCGAAAAGCCAAAAGAGUCCCCAGAUCCCGAAGAAGUCGAGCAGGACCAGAGUCUGUCUGCUGCCCCCCCGAUGGAGACUCCCAUGUCAGAGAGAGAGAGAUCUUCUACAGGAAAGAUAACAAACAGGCGAAAGUCACCUGAAGGCAUCAGCAUGGACACUCCAUGUCCUACACAGGACCCUUCAACUGAGGGAACCUUAGAACCAGAGAAGGUGGUUGAGCUUCCUCUCACUAGAGCUGAGAUACGGACUGUGUACCACGUGGAGCUGCAUGUAGCAGUGAACUACAUCCCAAACAAAUUCAUGAAGUCUAACGUGCUCUACUUCCUGAGGAACACCAAUGAGACGAUUGUUGAACCGGUGGACAUAAAUGAGGCGAAUGAGCUGAUGCCCAAGCUCCUGGAGAUCGGCAUGCUGAAUGGUCACCAACUCCAGAUGUUUAAGAAUGACUUCCAGCAUGUUUACAUGCCACUGCUCUCCGUGGGCCAGAUAAAGCUCUCCAAAGUAGACCAGGAGGCAGUGAGCUCUGAAGUCAGCAAUACGGGUCCUGAGGCCAAACCUAAAGUCCAGCUGGCACCAUCAGAACCCUUAAGCACUGCACUGAUCCGAGAUGAGUUUCUUAACUACACUUACAAGUACAUGGGCCUUACCGACAGAACCUUGCAUCAGCUGCAGAGUAUGAAUAACUUACACAUCCCUGAGAUGGACCUGGACCAGGAUGUGGAGACACUGCUGACCAGUCCAGAGGUGGUCGAAAAACUGGAGCAGUGUGUCAUGAACUGGCAAACCCAAAUCACUUUAAUCCUCGAGGAGCAGAAAGAAAAGAUCCCGCAGGCCCCUGGUCCGAUGGCAGAGUUGGAGUUCUGGCGUGAGCGUGCGUCUGUACUGACUGGUCUGUGCGAACAGCUCAAGCUGCCAGUGGUGAAGAAGAUCCUGGAGGUGACGAGCCGAGCCGACCUCGAACCCGUGCAGAACCUGAACGAGACUCUGACAGAACUGAACCUGUACCACGUGGAGGCCACGGAGAAUGUGCGCUUCCUUGGCACUGUGGAGAGAUACUUUAAGAACCUGGCCACGUCGGUGAACUUCGGCAUAAUCCUGGACACUAUUGCACCACUGAUGAGGGGUCUGAGGAUGAUAUGGAUUAUUUCCAGCCACUACAACACGGACAAGCGCAUGAUGGACCUGAUGGACCGCAUCGUCUGGGAGCUGUGCGAACGCGUCACCUGUAUCGUCGACAUCCGCACACUUUUCAGAGACAAGCAUCAUUUGUCCAAGGCUAAAGUUCUAGACGGCAAGCAGGUUCUGGACCAGUGGAAGUCCUGCUAUUUUGCGGUUAGAGAAGUUAUCGAAAAGUCCGGCAGGGAAUCACGCUGGGAGUUCAACCGUCAAAGGCUGUUUGAGAGGACAGAUUACAUGUCUUCAGUCUGUCAAGACCUUUACGACAUCCUGCAGACCAUGGAGGAUUUUUAUAAAAUCUUUGGGCCAGAGAUGAAGGAAGUAACAGGCGAGCCCAAGCGUAUCGACGAGGUCCUGCAGAGCGUGGACAGUUUGGUCGUGCCAAUCGAGGAGCUGGACUUUGACCCCUUUAACAUUUGCAAGAUGGAUAAUUGGAAAAACGUCAUUCAGGAUUUCCAGAAGAAAGUGCAGGAGAUCGAAAGAGAAGCCAUUUACUUCAUUGACCAGUCCUUCAAAAGCCUGCGCUCGGCAUCCAUGGCCUUUGAAGUACUGCUGAAGUUCCAGCACAUCCGCUCCAGAGAAGCGCUCAACAAUCAGAUGAUGAUGAAAUUCAGUGACAUUCUGGUCCAGUACUGCAAAGAGGUGGACAUCAUCAACGAGAUGUUUAUCCAGAACAAAGACAACCCACCUUUGAAUAAGAACCAGCCUCCUGUGACAGGGUCCAUCUUCUGGGAGCGCAGUCUGUUCCACAGCAUUAAAAACACCAUUGUACAAUUCCAGGAAGUGCCAGAAGUGCUGCAGAGCAAACAGGGCAUAGCUGCAAAAGCAAAGUUUCUGGAGGUGGGCAAGUGCAUGCGGGAUUACGAGGUAAAGAAACACCAACGCUGGACCGAGGAAGCUGUGCAGAUGCUGGAAGUGCUCAUGCAGAGAAACAUCCUGCUGAUAGUGAAGAGCUCUGGGGAUGCCACUGGGAAGGCUUCACAACAAGAGGACAUGAAACAAAGGAUUGUGGUGAACGUUGGACUGGAGCUGAAGGAGAUCAUCAGUGAGAGCCGCUACUUUGAGCAGCUGGGCUUCAGUGUACCUGAGCAGGUCAGAGUAGUAGCUGUGCUUCAGGACAAGUUCCUCAGACAUUUGAACCAACUGGAGAGUUUGACAGAUCGCUACCAGUCUGUGAUGGACCAUCUGAAGGACGCACAGUUCUUCCUGUUGGCUGCGCAGAUACAGGAACUAAAGACUGCGAUGUCUCCUGGAUAUAAAAGAUUAACCUUGACUUCUCUGGGCCUAUCAGAGUUCAUCACCAAGGCGAACCAGGCCAUCUCCCAGUUUGAGUCCCUGCUGAAUCAAAUCCAGAAGAAUGAAAAAGACAUAGAGGCCAAGCUUCAGGUCAUAGAGACGGCCAACCUUUUUAAAUUUCCCGUAUCAGAAAGAGCAGGAGAACUGCCAGGAGUGAAGGAGUUCUGUGAGCUGGUGGAGAAGCAAAGAGCCAGAGAUGUGCACUGGCUGAGCAGGAAGCUCUCAGCCAUCUGUCCUCUGCUCACCAAGAUCGAGUGUCUGACUGCACAGACGAGCAGCAGCAAGGCCAAGCACAUGGCUCAGUACUACUCCUACUGGGAGCGCAGAGUGUUUGACACGCUCACCAAGAUGGUGCUGAAGAACCUACAGGUGUUUAACUCCGCCCUGCUCGGCUCCACCCCGCUGUUCCAAAUCGAGGCCAUCCUCUCUGCUCCUUUGAUUGUGCUGCACCCCAAAAGCAACGAGGUGUACAAGAUGAUCAUACAGUGUGUGAGGGACUGUGUGGAGAGCACGAAGCAUUUCGUUCGCUGGAUGAAAGGCACGUGUAUCGAGUGUCCUCCGCAGCUCGUGGACGGCGAGGACGAGCCGCUGAUUCUGAGCUUCUACAGUGAGGUGUGCCAACUGCCACAAGUGAACGAGCUCGCCGUGACCAUUUCCCAGAACACACAGCGGCUACUCGGUUCCGUCACUCGCCUCCUGAACAACUGGAGACACUAUCGGACCCUCUGGAAGCUUGACAAAGCCAUCAUGCUGGAGAAAUUUGCAGCCAAGAAGCCCUCUUGUGUGAUUUAUGAUGAGAAGCUGCAGUUUUAUUCCCAUAUCAGUCAGGAGGUUGCACAGCAGCCACGGGUGGUGGACGAGAACAUCAUCAGGUUAAACCUGGAGCCACUGAGACACACCGUGCUGGAGAACGCUCAGGCUUGGGUCACUUCACUGGGCAGGCUACUCAACGACUCGGCUCGGGGGGAGUUAUACGCCCUGCACAACGAGUUCCAGCAAUUGUUAGAGAAUCUAAAACAAUCUCCCGACACGAUGGAAGACCUGAAGUCUGUACUCGGGACAAUCUCCGAUAUCCGUGACAUGUCUCUGAGUGUGGAGAUGAGAUACAGAGACAUCCAAGAGAGAUACAGGACUCUGGCUAUGUAUAAUAUACAGGUUGCAGAGGACGAGUUGAAUCUGGUGUCCCGGAUCGCGGAUCUGUGGAGAGAAGUGUUUAGCGAGGCCCGACAGGUGGAUCGCCGUCUGAGAAAAGUCAAGAAGUCCUUUACCAAAAUCACCAUGGAGCAGGUAGAGCAGUAUAAGCAGGAGGUGUCUGUGUUUGCUGAGAGUUUUAACAUGCACGGACCUGGAGCUGUAGGAGACAACCUGGAGAAAGGACUGAUGAACAUGGCUGCUUAUGAGGAAGAGCUGGCUAAGAUCGAGGCGAUCCGUCAGGGGCUAGGCAACGCCGAGAAGCUUUUUGACAUCCCCAUUACCAACUACCCAGAACUGCUGAGUGUACAACAGGAGAUGCGAGGCCUGAGGCUGAUCUACAAGAUCUAUGAGGAACAGAAGACUGCUAAGGCAGAGUGGUCUCAGACUCUGUGGGUGAAUCUGAACAUCCAGCUGCUUCAGGAAGGUGUGGAGGGUUUCAUUAAGGACCUCAGGAAGCUGCCUAAAGAUGUAAGAGCUCUUCCUGUGGCCUUUUACCUGGAGGGACAUCUGAAAGAGUUUAAAGAUUCUCUGCCACUGCUGCUGGACCUGAAGAAUGAGGCUCUGAGAGACAGGCACUGGAAAGAGCUUAUGGUACGAACAGGAACCAGUUUCGAGAUGAACCCAGAUACCUUCACGCUAGAGAACAUGUUCGCCAUGGAGCUCCACAAAUACAGCAGCGUCAUCGGAGACAUCGUCACCUCGGCUGUCAAAGAGCUCAGCAUAGAGAAGGGUGUGAAGGAGGUGGUGGACAUGUGGGAGAACAUGAAGUUCAACGUGCAGCGUUACUUUAAAGGCACUCAGGAGCGAGGCUCCAUCCUGGGCUCAGUGGAUGAGAUCAUGCAGAACCUAGACGAUAAUGCCAUGAACCUGCAGAGCAUGGCAGGGAGCCGCUUCGUCGGGCCGUUCCUGUCCACCAUCCAGCAAUGGGAAAAAAACCUGUCGCUCAUCGGGGAGGUCAUCGAGGUUUGGAUGCUGGUGCAGAGGAAGUGGAUGUACUUAGAGAGCAUCUUCAUCGGAGGUGAUAUUCGUGCUCAGCUGCCAGAGGAAGCCAAGAAAUUUGACAACAUUGACAGAAUGUUUAAGAAGAUCAUGUCAGAAACAGUGAAGGAUCCGGUUAUUAAAAAGUGCUGCUUGGUACCGAAUCGCCUGUCAGACCUGCAGGACCUCAGCGACGGUUUGGAGCGCUGCCAAAAGAGUCUGAACGACUACCUGGACUCCAAACGAAACGCCUUCCCUCGCUUUUUCUUCAUCUCCGAUGACGAGCUGCUCAGCAUUCUGGGCAGCAGCGAGCCGUCCUGUGUCCAGGAGCAUAUGAUUAAGAUGUACGACAACAUUGCUUCCCUACGCUUUGACACUGGGAUGAGCGGAGAGACAGUGGUGGGGGCCAUGGUGUCUGCAGAAGGGGAGGUGAUGGACUUCAGGCAAGUCGUCCCAGCCGAGGGACGAGUGGAGGAAUGGAUGACGGCUGUUCUGUUGGAGAUGAAGAGGACCAACAGGCUCAUCACCAAGGAGGCCAUCUUCUUCUAUCAGCACCACAAGUCCAGGGUGGACUGGAUGCUGGACUACCAGGGCAUGGUCGUGCUGGCAGCCAACCAGGUGUGGUGGACGUGGCAGGUGGAGGACGUUUUCACCAAGAUACGCACCGGAGACCAGCAGGCCCUCAAACAGUACGGCAAGAAAAUGCAUAGGCAGAUCGAUGACCUGGUCAAGCGCAUCACGCAGCCUUUAAAAAGCAACGACCGGCGCAAACUCAACACCGUGCUCAUCAUAGACGUUCACGCCAGAGACAUUGUGGACAGCUUCAUCAGGGACAAUAUUACAGACACUCGGGAGUUCGAAUGGGAAAGUCAGCUGAGAUUUUACUGGGUCAAAGAAGAAGAUGAUCUGUUGGUGCGUCAGUGUUCAGCUCAGUUCUCUUACGGAUAUGAGUACAUGGGACUGAACGGCCGACUGGUCAUCACUCCGCUCACUGACCGCAUCUACCUCACACUCACACAGGCCCUGUCCAUGUACCUGGGUGGAGCACCAGCCGGACCAGCAGGUACAGGAAAAACAGAGUCCACUAAAGACCUGGCCAAGGCUUUGGGUCUGCUCUGUGUGGUCACUAACUGUGGUGAGGGAAUGGACUAUAUGGCAGUUGGGAAGAUCUUCUCUGGUUUGGCUCAGUGUGGAGCCUGGGGCUGCUUCGACGAGUUCAACCGCAUCGACGCCUCUGUGCUGUCCGUCAUCUCCUCUCAGAUCCAAAUCAUCCGCAACGCUCUCAUCCUGCAGCUCAAGAGGUUCCACUUUGAGGGUCAGGAGAUCGGUCUGGACUCGCGAAUGGGGAUCUUCAUCACCAUGAACCCGGGCUACGCCGGCCGCACUGAGCUGCCCGAGUCGGUGAAGGCUCUGUUCCGGCCCGUUGUGGUUAUCGUCCCUGACCUACAGCAGAUCUGUGAGAUUAUGCUAUUCUCAGAGGGCUUCCUAAUGGCCAAGGUGCUGGCGAAGAAGAUGACGGUGCUGUAUAAACUGGCACGGGAGCAGCUAUCCAAACAGUCUCACUACGAUUUCGGGCUGCGAGCGCUGAAAUCCGUAUUAGUCAUGGCAGGAGAGUUGAAGAGAGGAUCUCCUGAGCUCAACGAGGAUGUGGUGUUGAUGCGAGCUCUGAGGGACAUGAACCUCCCAAAAUUUGUCUUUGAGGACGUUCCUCUGUUCCUUGGACUGAUCUCAGACCUGUUCCCAGGACUGGACUGUCCACGUGUGCACUACCCCAACUUUAAUGAUGCUGUAGAAAGCGUCCUGCAGGAGAAUAAAUACAUUCUGCUGCCCAAUCAGGUGGAUAAAGUGGUCCAGAUGUAUGAGACCAUGAUGACCAGACACACGACCAUGGUGGUGGGACCCACAGGAGGGGGCAAAUCAGUGGUUAUUAAUACUCUGUGCCAAGCCCAGACUAGACUGGGGCUGGUGACCAAACUGUACGCACUAAACCCCAAAGCCAUGAGCGUGAUCGAGCUCUAUGGGAUCCUGGAUCCGGUCACUCGGGACUGGACCGACGGGAUUCUGUCCAACAUCUUCCGAGACAUCAACAGGCCGACAGACAAAAAGGAGAGAAGGUACAUCCUGUUCGACGGGGAUGUAGACGCUCUGUGGGUGGAGAACAUGAACUCCGUAAUGGACGAUAACAAGCUGCUGACGCUCGCUAACGGAGAAAGGAUCCGUCUGCAGGGUCACUGCGCUCUCCUGUUUGAGGUCGGCGAUCUGCAGUACGCUUCUCCUGCAACGGUAUCUCGCUGUGGAAUGGUUUUUGUGGACCCUAAAAAUCUCCGCUACACCCCCUACUGGCAGAAAUGGGUGAACGACAGGCCUACGAGAGAGCAAGAGGAUCUGAACACACUGUUUGAGAAAUACAUACCCAGCACCAUAGACAUGAUAGUGGAGGGAAUCGUAGAUGGAAAACAAGGAGAGAAACUGAAGACGAUCGUCCCACAGACCGACCUUAACAUGGUGGCGCAGCUGUCGAUGAUGUUGGACGCUUUGCUAGAGCUUACAGAGGUCUCUUCAGAAGAGCUGGAAUGUUUCUUCAUCGAGGCUCUGUACUGCUCGCUCGGAGCCUCGCUGUUAGACAACGGCCGCGAGAAGUUCGACGACUUUAUUAAGAAGCUGUCGUGUCUCACCUCCGUCCACGAUGAGAAAACACUCGCCAGCCCUGGAGAACUACCGGGUUCCCUGCCAACUCUUUAUGACUUCCACUUUGAUCCAAGCACAAAGAAGUGGACUCCCUGGAGCUCGCUGGUCCCCAAAUACAUCCACAACCCUGACAUGAAAUUCAUUGACAUUCUGGUGCCCACCGUCGACUCCACUCGCACCAACUGGUUGCUAGAGCAGAUGGUGAAGGUGAAGAGGCCGGUGGUGCUAGUGGGAGAGUCUGGAACGUCGAAAACUGCUACCACGCAGAAUUUUCUCUACAGUCUGGACCAAGACAAGACCAUGGUUCUGACCAUCAAUUUCUCAUCGAGAACCACAUCCAUGGACUUACAGAGGAACCUGGAGGCCAGUGUUGAGAAGAGAACAAAGGAGACUUACGGCCCUCCGAUGGGCAAAAGACUGCUGGUGUUUAUGGACGACCUCAACAUGCCACGAGUGGAUGAUUAUGGCACGCAGCAGCCUAUAGCCCUGCUGAAGCUGCUGUUGGACAGGGGCGGGAUGUACGACCGGGGAAAGGAACUCAACUGCAAGAUUCUCAAGGACCUGGGCUUCAUCGCAGCCAUGGGGAAAGCAGGAGGAGGCCGUAACGAGGUGGAUCCUCGCUUCAUCUCCCUCUUCAGCGUGUUCAACAUCCCGUUUCCUGAGGAGGAGUCGCUGCAUCUCAUCUACUCCUCCAUUCUGAAGGGCCACACAAGGCCAUUUGAUGAAAGUAUCCAAAAGAUCUGUGACACACUGACCUCCUGCACGCUGGAGCUGUAUAAAUCCAUCAUUAAAGACCUGCCACCAACUCCUUCUAAGUUCCACUACAUCUUUAACCUGCGGGAUCUGUCCAGGGUGUAUAACGGCCUGACCCUGACCAACGCAGAGAGGUUCCUGACGGUCACGCAGAUCGUGCGGGUCUGGAGGAACGAGUGUCUGAGAGUGUUCCACGACAGGCUCGUCAAUGAAACGGACAAAGCUCUCGUUCAGGGACACAUUAAAUCCCUGAUCGAGGAGCAUUUCAAAACUGAUCUGGAGUCAGCAAUGAGAGACCCCAUCCUGUUUGGGGAUUACAGAACAGCCCUCACCGAGUCCGAGCCCAGAGUCUACGAGGACAUUCAGGAUUAUGAUGCCUGCAAGGCUCUUUUCCAGGAGCUCCUCGAAGAGUACAACGAGAACAAAACCAAGAUGAACCUGGUGCUCUUCGACGACGCACUGGACCACCUCACUAGAAUACAUCGCAUCGUCAGGAUGGACCGUGGCCACGCCCUCUUAGUGGGAGUGGGAGGGUCUGGGAAACAGUCUUUAACCAAACUGGCUGCUUUCACUGCAGGAUGUGAGGUAUUUGAGAUUGUUUUGAGUCGAGGAUACUCAGAGUCAAACUUCCGUGAAGAUCUGAAGACUCUUUACUUAAAGCUGGGCAUUGAGAAUAAGAAAACCGUGUUCCUGUUCACCGAUGCUCAUGUGGCUGACGAGGGUUUCCUGGAGCUCAUCAACAACAUGCUCACCUCAGGAAUGGUUCCAGCGCUGUUCCCUGACGACGAGAAGGAGUCUGUCCUGAAUCAGGUCCGAGACGAGGCUCUGAAGAUGGGCUCAGGGCCGUCCAAAGAAAGCGUGUGGCAGUAUUUUGUGAACAAAAGCGCCAACAACCUUCACAUCAUCCUGGGCAUGUCUCCUGUAGGGGACGUCCUCCGAACACGAUGCAGGAAUUUCCCAGGGCUGGUAAAUAACACUGGUAUCGAUUGGUUCCUCCCAUGGCCUCCUCAGGCUCUAUAUGCAGUUGCACAGUCUUUCUUGGGUGAGAGUCCUAUGGUACCCCAGGCCCAUACCGAGGCAGUGAUCGGUCACGUGUGUAUGGUGCACGGCUCUGUGGGUGAGUACAGUAAACUUUUCCAGCAGAAGCUGCGCCGCAGUAACUACGUCACCCCUAAAAACUACCUGGACUUCAUCAGCACCUACUCCAACCUUCUGGAUGACAAGGACAAAUACAUCCUGGCCCAGUGUAAACGAUUGGAAGGAGGUUUGGAUAAAUUGGAGGAAGCCAGUGUGCAGCUCGCCGAACUCAACACCAAACUGGCAGAGCAGAAGAUAAUACUGGCUGAGAAGUCCUCUGCCUGUGAGGUCCUACUGAAUGAGAUCUCUACUAACACAGCUGUCGCCGAGGAGAAGAAAACGCUAGCAGAGGAUAAGGCAAAGGAGAUCGCAGAGCAGAAUAAAGUCAUCUCGGUGGAGAAAUUGGACGCCGAGAGCUCUCUUGCCGAGGCUCUGCCUGCUUUGGAGGCAGCUCGAAUCGCCCUGCAGGACCUGGACAAGUCCGAUGUUACUGAGAUCAGAUCCUUCGCCAAGCCUCCGAAGCAGGUUCAGAUGGUGUGUGAGUGUAUCCUGGUCAUGCGUGGUUAUAAAGAGAUCAGCUGGAAGUCGGCUAAGGGCAUGAUGUCAGAGGCCAACUUCCUGCGUUCACUCAUGGAAAUGGACUGCGACGCCAUCACCGGAGGACAGGUCAAAACUGUCCGAGGCUUCCUGAAGAACCUGAACACGUCGUUUGAGGAGAUGCAGGCCAUCAGUAAAGCUGGCUCUGGUAUGCUGAAAUUCGUAGAGGCCGUCAUGGGUUACUGCGACGUGGCCCGGGAGAUCAAACCCAAAAGAGAAAAGGUGGCCAAGUUGGAGAAGAACUUCCACCAGAGCAUGCGUGAGCUAGAGAGGAUCCAGAGCGAGCUAGGAGAUAUCCAGAGGGAGCUGGGUGCUUUGGGGAUGAAAUACAACGAAGCCAUGUCUGAGAAGCAACAGCUGCAGGAGGAGGCUGAGCUCAUGGAGCGGAGACUCGUCGCAGCCGACAAGCUCAUAUCAGGACUUGGAUCAGAGAACAAGCGAUGGACAGAGGAUCUGGAGGAGCUGAAAAAGAGGCGAGUGCGUCUGCUGGGAGAUUGUCUGAUCUGCGCCGCCUUCCUGAGCUAUGAAGGAGCCUUCAGCUGGGACUUCAGAAACACGAUGGUGUACGAGGUGUGGCAGAAGGAUGUGAUGGAGAGAGACAUCCCCCUGAGUCAGCCCUUCCGCAUCGAGAGCCUGCUCACAGAUGAAGUCGAAAUCAGCAGAUGGGGGUCAGAAGGUCUCCCUCCCGAUGAGCUGUCAGUGCAGAACGGCAUCCUGACCACGAGAGCCAGCCGCUUUCCUCUGUGCAUCGACCCUCAACAGCAAGCACUCAACUGGAUAAAGAAGAAGGAGGAGAAGAACAAUCUCAAGAUCUCCUCCUUUAACGAUCCAGAUUUCCUGAAGCAGUUAGAGAUGGCAAUCAAAUAUGGCUUUCCUUUCCUCUUUCAAGACGUGGAUGAGUACAUCGACCCCGUCAUCGACAACGUUUUGGAGAAAAACGUGAAAGGAGCCGAGGGACGGCAGGUCAUUGUACUGGGAGACAAGGAGGUCGACUACGACCCCAACUUUAAACUGUACCUCAACACCAAACUGUCAAAUCCCAAAUACUCCCCUGCGGUGUUUGGCAAAGCCAUGGUCAUCAACUACACCGUUACGUUAAAAGGUCUGGAGGACCAACUGCUGAGCGUCAUUGUGGGCUUUGAGCGGAAAGAACUCGAGGAACAGAGGGAGCGUCUGAUCCUGGAGACGAGCGAGAACAAGCGUCUCCUCAAAGACCUGGAGGAUUCCCUGCUCCGAGAGCUUGCUACGUCCACAGGCAACAUGCUGGACAACGUGGAGCUCGUCCACACCCUCGAGGAAACUAAGACCAAAGCCACUGAGGUGUUUGAGAAACUGAGGCUGGCUGAACACACAUCAGCAGACAUUGAUACACUGCGUGAUGGUUACCGUCCAGCAGCUAAACGUGGUGCCAUCCUAUUCUUUGUGCUAGCUGAGAUGGCUCUGGUGAACAGCAUGUACCAGUACUCUCUAGCCUCCUUUCUCGAGGUGUUUGACUUUUCUCUGCGUAAAUCUCUGCCUGACUCCAUCCUGUCUAAGAGGCUGAAGAACAUCAUGAACACACUCACACACAACGUCUACAAUUACGGCUGCACCGGUCUGUUUGAAAGACACAAGCUGCUUUUCUCCUUCAACAUGACCAUAAAGAUCGAGCAGGCGGAGGGUCGCACUCCUCAGGAAGAGCUCGACUUCUUCCUUAAAGGGAACCUAUCGCUGGAGAAGAGUAAGAGGAAGAAGCCAUGUGAUUGGUUGCCGGAGCAGGGCUGGGAGGAUAUCGUGCGUUUGAGCGAACUUUUCCAAAACGAGUUUGGCUCACUGAUCGGUGACAUCGAGAAGAAUCCCACAGAAUGGAUGAAUUGGUAUGACCUGGACACACCAGAGCAGGCUCCAUUCCCCAUGAAGUACCAGGAAAGUCUGACCGCUUUCCAGAAACUUCUGCUUCUGCGCUGCUUCAGGGUGGACAGAGUGUAUCGCGCUGUCAGCGACUAUGUCACCGUCACCAUGGGAGAGAAGUAUGUACAGCCUCCAGUGAUCAGUUUCGAGGCGAUAUUUGAGCAGAGCACCCCGAACUCACCCAUCGUCUUUAUCCUGAGUCCAGGCUGUGAGCCUGCCAGCGACCUGAUGAAGCUGGCCGAGCGCUCCGGUUUUGGGACCAACAGGCUCAAGUUCCUCGCCAUGGGACAAGGCCAAGAGAAGGUUGCAUUGCAGUUGUUGGAUACCGCAGUGUCUCGAGGUCAUUGGCUGAUGCUCCAGAACUGUCAUCUGUUAGUGAAGUGGCUGAAGGAGCUGGAGAAAUCUCUAGAGAGAAUCACCAAACCUCACCCAGACUUCCGUCUGUGGCUCACCACCGAUCCCAUCAAAGACUUCCCCAUCGGCAUCCUGCAGAAAUCUCUCAAGGUGGUGACAGAACCUCCCAAUGGGCUGAAGCUGAAUAUGAGAGCCACAUACUUUAAGAUCCCGCUGGAGACGCUGAUGUCCUGCCCUCACCCGGCCUUCCGCAGCCUCGUCUACGUUCUGGCCUUCUUCCAUGCCGUGGUGCAGGAGAGACGCAAGUAUGGCAAGAUCGGCUGGAACGUUCCAUACGACUUCAACGAGUCUGACUUCCAGGUGUGUCUGGAGAUCCUGAGCACCUACCUGACCAAAGCUUACACUCAAGGUGAUACCACGAUUCCAUGGGGCAGUCUCAAAUACCUGAUCGGAGAGGUGAUGUACGGAGGCAGAGCGAUAGACAGCUUCGACCGCAGGAUCCUCACGGUUUACAUGGACGAAUAUCUGGGAGAUUUCAUCUUCGACACACUCCACCCUUUCCAUUUCUUCAGCAACAAAGAUGUGGAUUACAAAAUCCCGCCGGACGGACACAAGGACGUCUAUGUCGCUGAAAUCGAGUCACUCCCUCUUGCCAACACUCCGGAGGUGUUUGGGCUUCACCCUAAUGCUGAGAUCGGCUACUACACUCAGGCUGCUCGGGACAUGUGGACAAACCUCAUAGAGCUACAGCCACAAACCGGUGAUACUGGUGGUGGAAUCAGCAGAGAUGAGUACAUCGGGCAGGUGGCUCGGGACAUCCAGAACAAGCUGCCUAUGCCGUUCGACCUGGACGUGAUCCGGAAAAGGUUUGGCCUGGAUGUGUCACCUACCACUGUGGUGCUGCUUCAAGAGCUGGAGCGUUUCAACAGGCUCAUCGUACGCAUGAGCCGCUCACUGGCCGAACUGCAGAGGGCUCUAGCUGGUGAGGUCGGGAUGAGCAGUGAGCUGGACGAAGUUGCCCGAGCUCUGUUCAAUGGUCAGAUCCCGUCUAUCUGGAGGAAACUGGCCCCAGACACCCUGAAAUCUCUGGGCAACUGGAUGAUCCACUUCAAGAGACGCUACGAUCAGUACAUCACAUGGGUGGAUAAUGGUGAACCCAUGGUGAUGUGGUUGUCAGGGUUACAUAUCCCCGAGUCGUACCUGACGGCGCUGGUUCAAGCCACGUGCAGGACGAACGGCUGGCCGCUGGAUCGCUCGACUCUGUACACACACGUCACCCAGUACGGCAGUGAGGAGGAGGUGCAGGAGAAACCAGAUCAGGGUUGUUAUGUAUCGGGUCUGUAUCUGGAGGGAGCGGACUGGGAUGUGAAUCAGGGCUGUCUGGUGCGCAGCAAACCCAAAAUGCUGGUGGUGCAGCUUCCCAUCCUCAAGGUGAUCCCCAUCGAGUCUCAGCGUCUUAAACUGCAGAACACACUUAGAACGCCAGUCUACACAACGUCCAUGAGAAGGAAUGCAAUGGGCGUCGGCCUGGUGUUCGAGGCAGACCUCUUCACCACCAAACACCACUCAGACUGGGUCCUGCAGGGAGUGUGUCUCUGUCUCAACUCCGACUGACCUUUCUCUCUCUCUCUCUCUCUCUCUCUCUCUCUCUCUCUCUCUCUCUCCCUCUCUCUCUCUCUCUUUCUCUCUCUCUUUGUCUUCCUCUCUUCUAUUUCUAAUGUUUAUCUUUUUUGUAUUUUAUUAUUGAUGUAACAAAAAAACCAUACAAGUAUAACUUUUGAGAUUUUUUUUUAGCAGUGUCCCAUUAUUAAAAAUAUGAAAUAAAUUUCCUUUAUAAUCUUUUAGUCAUAUGUUACAGUACAGAUAAAACUAAUGAUAUAUGAAUUAAUGAUGAGUUAAGGCGUGUCCUAAUCACCAAAUUAACUAUGACCGGAGUCUGAAUUCGUGUGUGAAUAAUAAACACCAUAAGAACAUGUAUGUUAGUUAAUGUAUUAAUUACCACGUUCAAGUAAACUAAAUCAAACUUUCUGUAUACAAGACUAAAACGCAUUUCCUCUUGGUUCUCCGGUUUCCUUCCACCUCUCAAAAACAUUGGAAUUGCCAAAUUUAAAUUGCCACAUGGUGUAAAUAAACAUGUGGUACUUAACAUGCACUCUGUGAUAUACUGGCUGAAAUGUUCCGGGAUGAAUUACACCUAGUAUUUCAGGAAUAAGCUCCAGAUACACCAGCAAAGACCAUAAUGGAGCAGCUACUAAGGGAAACUUGCUUUACACUGAAACAGAGACAAUGUUGAAGGUUUGUUUUAAUUUUACAGUUUCAGCAUUUACAGUCACACACAGUUCAUUUGUUAUAAAAGUUAAACACAAAAUGGUCAAAAAUUGUUUUUCGACAUUGUCGUACAAUUUAAGUUUUCAACAAAAAUGGAUAUUUAGCAUGUAGGGUGCUCUGUAGACCAAGAACACAAAGUUGUUUUUUACUUCGAUUUAUGGCUAUUUCUGGUUAAUAGGGAAAAUAGUUCCUUCAGGAGACUCACUGUUUUGGCACUCACCACGGACAAGAAACGUUGUGAGGUACCAGGGCCUUUAUAGGGGCCUUUCGGGUGGCUUGUCUGU